AUGUUCCGAUCUGCAAAAGUGCCCCAGAUUCUCGGUCGCUUCCAACGUCACCGCCUAAACCUGAUCAGGUAAGUUGUUUCGUAUUUAAAAAGGUACUGAUUUGGUCAAAAAAUUGUAGUACUAUUUAAAAUGGUACUUUUUUAUAAUGCUAUCUUUUUAAACCAGAAAGAUCUUCUACAAAUUUUAUUAACAUAGUACUUAAUCGUUUUUGUGUUAAGAGGAAUGGCGUCAGAAUCGGAUUUCGAAGCAGCACAGAAGAGAUUGAAUUUGUUGACACAGGAUGUUGAUAAUGAUGUCAAGCUGAAGGUCUACGGACUUUUCAAACAAGCCACGGUUGGGGAUGCGACCGGCGACCGCCCUGGAGCCUUGAAUUUUGUGGCUAGAGCAAAGUACGACUCAUGGAAUACUUAUAAAGGGCUUUCGAAGGCAAGAUAUUAGUAACGGCUAGAGUUUUAUUAUUUAUCAACAUAAAUAGAAAAAGAUAUUCUUCCAAGACAUUCAUUAAACUAAAUUUUCAGGAAGAAGCCAGAGCCAAGUAUGUGUCUUUAAUCACCGAAUUGGCAGGUUCAGAACCAGCAGCGGCCGAACCAGUAGAACCAGGACAAGUAGCUGGGUUAAAAACUGGACCAGAUGGCAGUAUCUACAGAAUCAAGUUUGAUCGACCAGACAAAUUCAAUGCCAUUACUACGCCUAUGUACGACGGCAUUCGGGAAGCUUUGGGGGCAAGUAAUGCUGACAAAACCACUAAGAUUACUGUAUUGUCAUGUGAGUUUUUAGUUUUUUUUAUUGUUGUUUAGGGUUUGAUGUUAAUAUCAAGUGAAUGUGUAUAAACAAAGCUUUUGGGCUAAUAUAGCCAGUUACUUAUAAACAAAAUUGACUUUCGUUAAUUUCAGCUCACGGCCCAUAUUACAGUAGUGGAAAUGAUCUCAAGAGCUUCCUCAACGUCACCGGAGCUACUGAUUUAAAGAAAAUGACAGAGGAUGCUGCUGAAUUCCUUAAAAACUUUGUAGCCAGCUUUAUCGACCACGAAAAACCUCUAAUUGCCCUUGUUCAAGGCCCUGCCAUUGGAAUCGCCGUCACUACUCUACCAUUAUGUGAUGUUGUUAUUUGCUCCGACAAGGCCACUUUCCAAACUCCAUUCACUGGCCUUGGCUACAGUCCAGAAGGCUGUUCAUCCUUCACCUUCCCCAACAUCAUGGGCACUUCCAAGGCCUCGGAAAUGCUACUUUUUGGCAAAACCAUCACCGCCCAAGAAGCCUACGAAUGGGGAUUGGUGUCCCAAGUUAUUCCUCACAACCAAUUCGAACAGGAGACUCAACGAUACCUCGACCAACUAUGUGAAUUACCUACCGAAUCUUUACGAGUUAACAAGACGAUGGUUAGAGCAUUGACUAAAGAUGCUUUACACAAAGCCAAUUCUGAUGAAUGUACUUUGAUCGCGAAGAGAUGGCAGGGAAAGGAUUGUGCUGAAGCCGUUCAAAAGUUCAUGGCUAGAAAAAAGUAG